GUCCUCUAUUUCGCUCUUCCGGGUGGAAACAACGCAAAUUCCAAACGGCAGUAGAAGCCAACGCUCCCUCCUUCGGCUCUUCUGGCCGGCGUUCAUAUUUGGAAAAGGGAAUCUUUCCAGAGCACCAUGGGUCUUCUGUCUGAUCCCACCAGAAGAAAGUCAAUAGUCCGAGUACUGACUCGCCUCAAUGCUCCAAUCUGUCUUCUGUGCUACAUGGUAGGCAUGGCCUGCUUCAUGGGUUUGGCCUUCGAGCCGUUCAUCCUGCGCACGUACAUGUCCGAGAACGCCAUGGGUUCCACCAUGGUGGAAGAGCGCUUCCAAGCCGGAGAGAGGGCCAUUGCAACGGCCAGGGAGUUUGGGGUGGAAAAAGAAGAAGCCGGAGGGAUGCCGGUGAACUGGCUGGUGAAAGCCAUGCGAGAUCGAGGCCUGGAGGUGUACACACAGACCUUCUCCCACACACUGCCCUUCCCGGAUGAAAACAAAGAGAGAUUUAUGGUGAAAGGUACAAACGUGUACGGCAUCCUCCGCGCCCCUCGAGCUCCAAGGGCCGAAGCGCUGAUUCUGACCGCUCAGUGCGGUCUAGAAGAUGACAACAACCAAGCUGUGGGGCUGCUGCUGGUUUUGGCGCAGUACUUCAGAAGUCAGGUGUACUGGGCCAAGGACAUCAUCUUCCUCGUCAAUGAACACGAUCUGAUCGGCAUCCAGGCCUGGCUGGAGGGAUACCACCAUACCAACAUCUCAGGAAUGAACUGGUCGCCUAUCCAAGGCCGCGCUGGUUCCCUCCAGGCGGCGCUGUCCUUGGAACUCAGUAGCAACGUGGUGACCAGCCUGGACAUUGUGCUGGAGGGGCUCAACGGGCAGCUGCCCAACCUGGACCUCAUGAACCUCUUCUAUGCUUUCUGUCAUAAGUUUGAUGUCCUGUGCACAAUCCAGGGCAAGCUGCAGCGGAACGACUGGGAAAGCCUCUCCGGCUACACCCAUGCCGUGCAGACCAUGAUGCUGAUGAUGGUCAAGCAGGCCAGCGGGCAUCCUUGGGGCGACCACGGGCUCUUCCUGCGCUACAACGUGGAGGCGGCCACCAUCAAAGGCAUCAACAGCUACCGUCAGUACAAGAGUUCUGUCAACUCCGUCGGCAGGCUUCUGGAGGCAAUGUAUCGCAAGCUGAACAACCUCCUGGAGCGCCUGCACCAGGCCUAUUUCUUCUACCUUUUGCCCUCUCUGUCCCACUUUGUUCCCAUCAGUUACUACAUGACGGCCUUCGGCCUUAUCGCCAUCAGCCUGCCGCUGCGCGCUUUGGACCUGUGGGUUGAACUCUCAGUGUCUCCAGCGACAGAAGACGGCGUCGCCAAUGUGGAGCAGUCCAGUCCUCUCGUGCUGUCUGUGCUGACCCCUCUGGUGAUCAGCCACUUGACCGGAGUGGCCCUCUACACGCUGCCCGUCCGCUUCCAGGAAAUGGCGGUGGAGCACUUCCCGGUGUCCGAGACGGAGGCCGUGGUGCUGACGGUCAUCGCGGUGUACACGGCCGGCAUGGCUCUGCCUCACAACACGCACAGAUUUGUGUCUGGCGAGGGGACGGAGCAGGGCUGGAGGGUUCUGAAGCUAGUGACCAUGUUGUACUUGGCCGUGCUGCUGGGCUGCACCGCCCUGCUCAACUUCUCACUGGGCUUCAUCCUCGCCCUCACGCUGGUGCCCGUGGCCGCCAGCAUCACGCCACACAUGCCCAAGUUCCCGACGGCCUUGGUCAUGGUGGUCCUCAGCCCGGCCUGCACGCUGCUUUUCUCCGUCUUUGCCUUCUAUGAGCUACAGGAGAUGCCGAUGGGCUUCCAGGACUGCUGGCUGCAGUUUCUGUCUGUUAUCUCGCAGGGCAUCCUGGACCACACGCUGUACGGCUCGAUGGUCUUCCCGCUACUGACGCUGAUGGUGUAUCCCUGCUGGCUGGUUUUAUGGAAUAUCCUUUUCUGGAAGUAGACCACCUAUAAGCCUUCGACUCAACAAAAGUGAUCUCAGGUACUUUGUCCACCAAGGCUUGGCAGGUAUUUCAUGAGAAGAAUGACUGUGUCACAAUUUAUAUUAGGAAGGGGUAGCAAUUGAAAGAUUUUUUUUUUUUUGUCUUGAAGAGAUUUUUUUUUUUUUGUCUUGAAGAAAUAGAGGCAAAAUUGAGUGCACUACUUGGCUGCAACCAGAUUCAGUCCCAACAACUAGGUUUGCCGUUUGAAGAACUCUUUAAGGGGAAGCUAUCCAAGUGGAAAUAACUGAUUGCCAGUUUAUUUUCCCAUUGUCAAUUAAGGCAAUGUAUUUAAAUGCUCACCCCUAAUUUGUAUUGUCCUUUCCACGUUAAUGAAAUAAUGCUCAACACUAUUUAUGCAAAAGAAAACAUUUGAAUAUUACAUAUGUUGUUUUAUUAGCAUUUGAGAAAGGACAAAAGUACAUUGUGGAGCUGUGAGCUUGUUUUUAUACUUGUUUUAAAAUGUUCUGCGUCUUGCUUUUGAAAUGAAACUGCUGGUGCCCUGUUGUUUUCAAGGUUCCAAAACGAAGUGACGUUGACCUUAUGAUUGAUUUCGCUCCAUUUUCUCAAUAAGACAACCACGGUAUGGUAAUUGUUUAUUGAUCUGUCAUUUGCAUUUUUUAUUUUUUAAACCCAGUCAUAUGUACUGAUAAUAUCAUUCCGUUGCUGUUACACCUUGAAGAGGGAAUCUAAUGUGAAGUCAAAUCAAAGCUUCUAAAAUGUACACCGAUUAAAAAUAGUGGAAAAGAAAAACAUGUCCAUCAAAGUCGAUUUGUAAAGAGUAAAAGCACUUGUAACCACCCUGUAAACAAACUGUCAUCGCCAACGCCAACUUCACAGUUUUAGCCUAACAGAGACCCCGACGUUCUCCCGCACCUGCCGGCACCGCCUCCCCUUCAAUAAAUAUAAGGGCACCAUUUUUUUUUCUUAAAAUUUAAAUUAAAAAAGAAAAAACGAGGUGCGGCUAAACUCGAUGCGUUUUGUCCUUGAACAAUGGCCAAACUCUCCUUUCCGGCGUCAUGCUACAGUGCUUCAAACGUCUCCAGCGGCCAAUCGGCUGCCAGGAGUUUCAGUGCACUUGACAAUCAUUGCGGUGUAUGUAGACAACAUGUAUGGCAACACUGGCAUAGCAUUGUGUCUGUGUGUGCGGACGCGUGCAUGUGUGUGUGUGUGUGAGGUGUACGAGAGAGGAGAUGGCGGCAAAGGGUGGUCAGCUGCUGCUCGAGGCCAGCUCGCCGCGCGCUGCCUGCUGGAGGACGUUGGUGGCGUGUGCGUCGGGUUUGGCUGUAGCGCAGAUCUCGCAGCCCGGACGAGAAGGCUUGUUGAUGAAAGUGCAUGAGGGACACGCCCACUCCGUCUACAGGAAGCAGGAGAUAUUGAUUGGCCAAACUUUACAAUAUUGUCCCUUUCAAGUAUUUGUGGCAAAAUAGUUUAGGUUGUAAAUUGACCCUGUUUAAAAUGUUGAGUUACCUGUGGUCUAGUAGGUUUGUUGCUCAAAUGCAGAUUCUCCAUGUCAAGGACAACCCGUAGGUCCGCUGGUUUAUCGCCACCACCUGUGAUUUAACAAAAUAUUCAUCAAAGCAAUCAUAUUUGGUAACUUUUCCUUCUGAUGUACAAGCAACAACAUGAAGUGCUAAUAUCAAAGCUCACCAAAAUAACUGGCUGCUCUGAAUUUGACAUUUUGAAAUGCCAGAAAGUUCUUGAGUGCCUUUCAAAGGUUGUAUUGAGGAAUCGUCCUACAAGUGGAGGAACCGCGUAUAGACGUACCCUGGCCGGUGUGGGGUAACCGCGGUGGCAAUGUGCUGUAGCCUCGGCGGUCUUGUGACGCGGGGCCAUUGCCGGGCAGAAGGGGCGGGGCGGACAGGGCACCCUCCAGAUCCUGCUGGAACAGCUGUCGCGUGAUGCGAGCCUGGCGCGCCGAGAUCAAGUAGAGAUACGCCGUGUCGCCGUCGCGCUGCACACCGUAGGACGCCAGUGAGCGGGGGUCUGUGCAUAGACACUGACCCAUCACCCAGCGCUGAACGCGUGGGUGGAAGCCGUACUCGGCAAACACCUGAGGGAGGUAACGGAUGUUACUGGGUGAUGCUAAUGGAGGUGUUUUGUUCCAAGUUGAGUUGUAACCUGUUGUUUGAGUGCAGCCACCGUCAUGUACGGGAAGACUUUGACUGUGAAGCAACAGGAAGACGAAACGUCCUCCACCACCACGGACAAGCUGUCAGACAACAAUUUGUUGACAUGGAGCCAUUGAAUUAGAAAGACAAGGAACUUUCACAUCAUCAGGUACAAGCACACGACUGAAACUUGCUGUUCUAGUACCUGAUCUCCCCACUAGCGUAGUUCUUCUCCGCCGGCUGGAUGCUCAGAGCCGCUUUGUGCCGGGCCAGCGCGGACGCGUGGUGGCCAGCAGCCUGCGCGUCGCCGGCCUCCACCGCCUUGACGAGCUCCAAGCAAAGCUCCUCUGAAGCAAAUCAUUAGAAGAAAGAGAAAGAAACGGACCCCGUUGGGCCUCUCGCAGCGACGACAUGACCACGGUGGCCCACUCCUCUGCCUCGCGAUCACAGCGGAAGGAAAAGCGGAUAAAGUCGUGAGGCGGCGCCGUCAGACGCAUCUCAUGGCAGCGCGCCGACUUCACCUCGUAGUGCACCGAGCGCAGGUCGAACUCUACCAACUGGACGGGAAGAAAAAGGGUUAGGGUGAGUCACUCUACAGGGCCAAUCGAAACUCUCCGGCCCGGCUCGGAUCCAUGCUGAGCUGGAGUCGCAGAGCCUCGCUGUCUGCUCCGGGCAGGCACAAGGGACGAAUACCGGAGUGGGACACCGACACGCGGACGGACAUUAAGACUGUACUACAGCAAGCCGAAGAGGGAGCGAGGCCGACGUCGAAGGCUCCGGACUGGGAAGAACCGAGCAGCGAGACCUGCGGAGCCCAACCGCCCGAACUGAGCGCCAUGUCGCCCCGCGGACGUGUGGGGCUUCGGAAGCCCCACCGAAUGAGCGUCAGCAACGACUGUACGGCUUAGAAGGUCCACAGAUGGGUGGUAAAAUCGCGUGUGCUUGCGGGCCGGUCGAAUUUGUCCGCCUGCCAGGCUAAGUGUUCCAUUUCGACCCAAAGCAAGCCAGCCACCAGAUACGGGAAGAAGAGACGAAACAGUGUUGGCUCGUGAGUGACCGAUUCGUUCAAAAGAACGACUCUUUUCAGUGAACGAGAGUGAUUCGUUCUUAUUUCAGUUUAUAUGACCUCAACCAGUAGGUGUCAGUAUUGCGCAUUGAAGCUGGUGCCACCUUGUUAUCCAAUAUACCUACUGCAAUUUCAGAUUGCUGGUUUGAAAUUUACUGUUAUUAUUUUAAUAAACAUUUGUUAAAACUU